CUCUCUCUCUCUCUCUCACACACACACACACACACUGAGUACUGUCGUGAUUAUGUACAUGGCUUGUUCUUUCAUAACAUAAGCAAGAUUUGAGUUUUCGUUUAAUUUUUCAUCUCCCUUCGGGUUUCUAGAAUCACCAAGAAAACCAUGGCAAGAGGAAGAAAACGAAAGGGUAUCGGCGACAAAGAAGUCGAUGGGUUCGAAGGUCAGAAGAAUCAGUACUUGGGUCGUCCACUAACAGAUCUCCCAAGCCGUGUUUCUCUUAACAUUCUGGUAAGGCUAUCCGUUAAGCGAAUACUCAUUUGCAAACGCGUGUGUAAGACGUGGCGCAAUCUCAUAUCGAGCUCUGUAUUCGCCAAGCUUCACUUUGCGCGAGGAGAGGCUGUUCCUCUCCUUCGAUCCUCGGCCCCGUGGCGCGUUUCGCGAACUCUUUUCUUAGUUGAACCGCCCGAACAUUGUUCUGGUUUUGAUGAUGGGCCUGUUAAGAUGAAGCUUGAUACCAAGUUGAAAAUACCUGUGUACGAUGAGGAAACAGUGAUCGGUGAUGUUGAGAUGGACCCCCCUCCUAAAUCGGGGGUUAAGUUGAGGGCCGAACAUCAUGAACUCAAAGUAGUGAAUUCGUGCAAUGGAUUGCUUUGUCUGUGUGAACCAAAUUUGGAUUUUCCUUGUAUGAUAUGGAGAAAUCCAAUUGCGGUGUGUAAUCCAAUUACCGGUGAGUACAUUAACCUUCCGGAUCCUAUAGAAUGGGAUAGGGAUACAAAACGUUCCCUUUCUAUCCAUUGUGGUUUGGGCUUCAGUCCGAAGAUGAACGUGUAUAAGGUGAUUAGGUUUCGUGAGGCCUUUUUUAGUAGGGAAGGGGAAAUUGGUAGUAUGACUGAGAUACAUACUCUUGGUACAGGGUCAUGGAAAAGGGUUUUCAAUGUACCCUCCUCUCUCUAUUAUAACAAGGGAUCCCCUACCUAUUUGAAUGGGUCUCUUCAUUGGAUUUGUACUGGAGAAAAUGGUUCAAAUUCUAUUGUAUCUUUCAACUUUGAUAUUGAAAAAUUCCAAUCAGUUCCACCACCUCCUUUUAAACUUUGCAAGAGUCUCAUGGACAUGAAUGAGGAAAUGGUGCUGGGAGUGUUAAGAGGCUGUCUCUCCGUAUGCGAUGGUUCUGGCUUUGAAAAGCUAAAGAUAUGGGUGAUGAAAGAAUAUGGUGUUCAAGAAUCAUGGAGCAAAGAGUUCUGUUUUAUUACCCAAACAAACGAGGGGAGGUGGAUUUAUGGCACAUACGACCCGAUAUGUUUGUUGAGGAAUGGAGCUGUCGUGUUGUUUCAUAGUUUGAGCGGUGCUUUGUUUUAUCAUGACCCCAAAAAACAUGGUUUCAAGUUCCUAAAGCCUCAAGAUGGGUUUAAAACAUCAAAAUAUGUGGCAAUUGCUCAUAUUCCAAGUUUCAUUUCACUCAAGGAUGUAGUGAAGGCACACAAUAUGGCAGUGUUACCUACCAAAUCAAGGUGUGCAGAGUUCAAAUUGCAGGGAGAGUGUAAAGAUGUUUUCUUGGUGGAAGAAGAUCCGGCUAUGACGUGGUACUGAUUUGGAUUGGCUUGUCUUCUGAAACGGUUUAAAGGAUCGAUCCAGGGUUGGUGACUAUACAGAUGCAGUCGAAAGGUCUUUCUUUUGGGUAAUGUUUACCGUAAUUUAAGGAAUGCGCUAUAUCGCGGGAAUGGAACUCGUAUCACUUAUGGGUUUUUGAAUUGUUCAGUAUUUUGUCGGUAACUAUCUUGAGAAGUUGUUACCCUAAUCUUAUUAUGCAUGACUGGUGCUUCUCUAGCAAGCUCUAGUAAUAUUCUCCUUUUAUUUGUACUGAAAAGUUUGUUGCUUUAACAAGUCAAGCUUUUUGGAUGGAGAACUCAGCCAGUUUGGAUGAUGAAUCUUGAUUAGAA